AUGAGGUAUAAGGUGGAAUUUUCCAAUAUGAAGCCAAAACAAAAAAGCAAAGCUAAAAUGAAAUGGCAAAGCCAAGAGGAAAUUAACCCAAAUCGUCCACAAAUUCUUCAGAUGGAUAAAAAACAUUUUGCUGAAAAGCUUGUGGCAGGAGCCCCCAAAGCAGACUGGUCUGCAAAUAGCUCUGUGGUCAAUCCAGGAGCGAUUUUCAGAUGCAGGAUCAGGAACAAUCCAAAUGGCACUUGCGAACAGCUCCAGCUGGGCAAUCCUGCUGGAGAAUUUUGUGGAAAGACAUGUUUAGAAGAAAGGGAUAAUCAAUGGCUGGGUGUUAGCAUGUCUAGGCAGUCAGGAGAAAAUGGAUCCAUUGUCGCCUGUGGACAUAGGUGGAAAAAUGUAUUUUACGUAAAAAAAAAUGAACACAAACUUCCUUGCGGUUUAUGUUUUGCUGUUCCUUCUGAUUUUCGAGUACAGUUGAGUAAAAGAAUAUGUCCUUGCUAUAUAGAUCAUGUGCGAAAGUUUGGAGAGAACCAUGGGUCAUGUCAGGCUGGGAUGUCUAGUUUUUACACUGAGGAUUUAAUUAUAAUGGGAGCUCCAGGAUCAUAUUACUGGACUGGUUCUAUCUUUGUUUACAAUUCAACUGCGAAUACAUUUCGAGCUUACACAGAUUCAAAUAAUCAAGUGAAAUUUGGAAGUUAUUUAGGAUAUGCUGUUGGAGCUGGCCAUUUUCUAACACCAACUAGUAUAGAAGUAGUUGGAGGAGCUCCCCAACAGGAGCAGACGGGUAAGGCAUAUAUUUUUAGCAUUGAAGAGAAGCAAUUAAAAAUCCUGUCCGAGUUAAAGGGUAAAAAGCUUGGUGCUUAUUUUGGAGCUGCUGUUUGUGCGGUGGAUCUCAAUGCAGACGGCUUUUCAGACUUACUGGUUGGAGCUCCAAUGCAAAGCAAAGUCAGGGAAGAAGGCAGGGUUUAUGUUUACAUCAAUUCGGGGUCUAAAGCUGAAAUGAAAGAACUGGAGCUAGAACUAGCUGGAAGUGACUCAUAUGCGGCAAGGUUUGGAGAAUCCAUAGCCAAUCUAGGAGACAUUGAUAAUGAUGGUUUUAAAGAUGUGGCUAUUGGGGCUCCACAGGAAGACAACCAGGAAGGAGCUAUUUACAUAUACAAUGGCAGAAAAGAUGGGAUAACUGCAUCCUUCUCACAGAGAAUACAAGGGCACAGAAUCAGCAACACUUUAAGCAUGUUUGGACAUUCCAUAUCAAGUGGCAUUGAUGCUGAUAACAAUGGUUAUCAAGAUGUAGCAGUUGGUGCCUUUCUCUCUGAUUCUGCGGUGCUGCUGAGAACAAAACCAGUUGUAAUUGUUGAAGCAUCUUUAAAACACCCCGAUACAGUAAAUCGAACUAAUUUAGAGUGUGUGGAAAAUGGCCAACCUGCUGUGUGUAUGAAUUUGAUGGUCUGUUUUACAUAUAAAGGACGAGAGGUACCUGGCUAUAUUGUAUUGUUUUAUAAUCUAAGUGUAGACGUGACAAGAAAGGCAGACACUCAGGCAAGGUUUUACUUUUCUUCUAAUGGAACAUCAGCUACGACCUCUGGAAGUGCAAAGGUUUACAACAACAAUGUUACCUGCAAACUUCAUCCAGCAUUUAUGAGGAAAGAUGUAAGGGAUAUCCUGACUCCUAUACACGUAGAAGCAGCUUAUCAUCUUGGACAUCAUGUUCUAAAGAAAAGAAGUAUGAGAAGUGUAGAGGACUUCCCACCCCUUCAGCCAGUUCUUCAGAGGAGGAAAGACAGAGAUAUUAUAAAAAGCAAGAUUGUUUUUGCAAGAUUUUGCACCCAAGAGAACUGUUCAGCUGACUUGAAAGUUUCUGGGAAGCUUGCAUUUCCAAAACCUAAUGAAAAGAAGACAUAUCUUGCAGUAGGAAGUAUGAAGACUUUACUGUUGAAUGUUUCUCUUUACAAUGCUGGGGAUGAUGCAUAUCAAACUGGCCUCCACAUCCAACUCCCAAAAGGCCUGUAUUUCAUCAAAAUUCUAGACCUGGAAGAAAAAACGAUACAUUGUGAUGUAUUAGAUAAAGAAGCUCAUUCAGUGAGACUUCACUGCAGUGUUGGCUAUUUAUAUGUAGACCAACAGUCAAAG